AUGUCGUCGUCCCCGCCAAGGAUUUUCGUGACCGGUGUCUCAGGCUAUGUCGGAGGCCACAUGAUGGGAAGACUUCUCAAGAAGCAUCCAGAAUGGCACAUUGCAGUUUUAGUCCGAGACCAAGCACAAAAAGCGAUCGUCCUUGGGAGAUGGCCUCAACUCGAGGCUGUCAUCGGCGACCUUGACAACAGUGCUUUGAUGAUUAAGGAGGGAUCAAAAGCCGACGCUGUCCUUCAAACUGCAUCUGCGGACCAUAACUCUGGCGUGGUCUCUCUUAUCCAGGGCCUGAACCAGAGACAGCCAACUCCCGGUUACUUGAUCCACAUUGGUGGCACAGGAAUCCUUCAUGACACGCCGAAUGGAUUCGGCCAGCCGUCUGACAAAAUCUACCACGAUACCACCGACUUGGCAGAAAUCACCUCUUUCCCAGUCGAGGGUCAUUUACAUCGCGAUGUUGACUUGGCAAUUCUCGAGGCCCAGAAGAGAUUGAACGUUCCAACUGCCAUUCUGUCACCACCUUUGGUGCAUGGAGUAGGAAAAGGCCCGAUCAAGACGAGAAGCAUUCAGAUCCCUGCCAUGGCUGAGGCCAUUCUCAAGCGAGGCAAGGGUUUCCAGAUUCUCGAGGGCCGGAACAUUUGGGAUCAUGUGCAUGUUGACGAUCUCUCUGAGGCUUUUAUUCUGCUUGCUGAAGAAGCUUUGAAGCCGAAUGGUGGAAAUGCACAAUGGGGCGACGAAGGGUACUACUUCGCCGAAGCAGGGGAAUUCAAAUGGGGAGAAGUCUCAGAGGCCAUCUCAAAGAUCAUGACUGAUGAAGGACUUAUCAAAGCAGCGGAGGUGGACAAAGUCUCAAUUGCAGAGGCAGCAGCUAUGCAUCCCUGGGCUCCUAUUAUUUGGGGUGGAAACGCCAGAAGCCGAUCUGACAGACUUCACACACUAGGAUGGAAGCCACAAGGCCCUAGCUUGUAUGAGAGCCUGCCGUCGAUGAUCAAGGAAGAGGUGAAGACUUUGGGCACCCAAUCAUCGAGGCUGUCUUUCGACAAAUGA